UUUAUAUUUCUACCUGGAUGGCACGAAGGGAUUGAUCGAGAAACAGUCAUGAACAUUCUAAACUCAAUACCCCAGGUGGGAGAUCAAAAGAAAAAUAUUUUUAUUGCUGAUGAAUACUUUGGAGAUACAGAAGAUCCUGAGACCAUCAGAGAUGGACUCACUGAAAUGUUUGGUGAUGUAGUGAUCGUUAAACCAACUCUGUUUGCAGCCAGUUUACACAGAGAUGCUGGUUUGCCAGUGUACUUGUAUGAAUUUAGCCAUCGUCCAAGAGUAUAUGGGGACUCAAGAGCAAAAUUUGUGAAAGCAGAUCAUGCUGAUGAAAUUGGAUUUGUGUUUGGAGGCUGCUUUUGGGAUGGUCACCUGAAAUUCAAUGGUAAGCACAGUUUCAGAGAAAAUGUGGAUAACAUGUCAGUUAUUUAAAACAUUCAUUGUAAUUCUUCAUGUAGAAUAAAAUCCUUCAGUACAUUUUUCUUUCCAUCCAUCUCUUUAUCAUCGCUGAAUAGAUUACGUCACUCUCCAGAAACAUUCUGUAAUUGCUCACAGGUCACUCAAGAGAUAUAAUCCCUUAAGUGUAUCCUGGGUUGUUUUUUAGUGGGCCAUGACCGAUAAGUCUCAUGUGGGAGAUUCUCACUGAAUGCCACAAUCACCACACCUGGCUUUUCUAAAUCCAGAGUAGGAGAAGUUGUACAAUAAAGUCCUCCUGUACUGCUAAGCUCCUCUUCCUGCCACUGAAAGUGAAUCCAAUAACACAGUGCAGGAACCUUAUUUUGGGCCCCUACUGUUCACAGUGUUAUUCUUCUUUCACAGUCCAAAGCUAAAACAAAUUAAAAGAUUCAUCUGAGGGCUUUUGGGAGGUUUGCUUUCAGGAGGGGUCAAGGUCACUGGUCUGGAGGCGGAGUAGUUAGCCAGCCUGUACAUUCUCUUCUUACCUG